UUUUCUUCAUCGUUUCUGUAAAAUUUUAUGUCGAAACAUUGAUUUUUCCCUAUUGGUAUUCUAGAUUUUGAUUUCAAACUGCACAAAUCUAUUGAUCGUAUAUGAUUUUCUUGUUACAGAAUGAGAUUGAAAGUAACUUUGCGUUUUAUUUAUCAGGUUUGCCAUCAAGGUACAGGGAUUCGGUCAGGGCAAUAACACCUGGCUUACCUCUCUUCCUCUACAAUUACUCCACGCAUCAGCUCUAUGGGGUUUUUGAGGCUGCCAGUUUUGGUGGAACGAAUAUAGAUCCAUUAGCUUGGGAGGACAAGAAGAAAACUGGAGAAUCACGUUUUCCAGCUCAGGUAUUUUGAAUUUUUCUGGAAUAAUUCUGUAUUGUCAAAGGACUACACACUUUUGUUU